UCUCCUCAGAUCGAAGGUAGCAAGGAGAACGUCCAGCCACUAGUUGGAGGCAGAGACGUCAAGAAACUAACCAAACAGCUCAAGUCGCUACAGUGCAAUCCCACAUCCAACACUGUCUCGAUAUUCGAAGAAGGGUGCCGUGAAUGGGAAGCAAAGCUCGACACCGAAUGCCCUGAGGAUCCCAUUGCGACAUGGGACGAGUACAUCAAGUGGGCCCAGCAGCAAGCCACGUCGGACAAAGUUUCCAAUCUUGUCGUGCCGAUUCUGCAAAGGUGCUGCAGAAAGUUUCAGAAAGACGAACGGUACAAGAACGACCCAAGAUACCUGCGAAUCUGGAUCAAAUAUGUCGACACCGUCGCAGACCCGACUGACAUCUUUAACUUUCUUGAAGCGAAUGGGAUCGGACAGGGACUUGCUCUCUUUUACACGUCAUGGGCGUUGGUGCUCGAGUUGAAGAAGAACGACUUCACGGAAGCCUACACCAAGCUCGAGGAGGGAAUCAACAAGCGCGCUCAACCUCUCGACAAGCUCCAGGCAGCCCUCAAACAAUUUCAGCACAGAAUGAAUCAG